AUGCUUUUAUAUCGAGAUAAUUUGAGCAUAGCUCGACUUGUGCGAAAUCUCAUUCACACACACACACCAAAUGAAAAAAGUUUCAUGCAUGCCCCUUCUCAUUAUAAUAGAAACAAAAUAAUUUUGUUAGAACUUAGAGAAGUAACUUCUUUGCUUACCCAAACACGCUCGUUCCUUGACGGGAGGUCUCUCAGGGGGUACAUCAGAGUUGAUUCUCUGUUAGUAUCAUUUCAAAUCUUGAGUCAUCUGUCAAUUGAAAUAUGUAUGAUAGCAAAAUUUGUCAACCAAGAUAAUCUUACUUAUCUCAGCAUGGUUGUAAAUUGCCUGCUUGAGGCGAGCCUCACAGUUCACGCUGCUCAAAUUCAUCCUGAUGUUUCGAAUUCUUGUGGGCAUCCGCCAAUGCCAAGCUACUCCAACCUAUAUACAGCCCCAAAAUCUGAGAAACUUCCUAAAUUUAAUAAAAUACCUUCUGGUCUUAACCGACAACCUCAUUCUCUCCUCUCUUGGGUGAUGACAUUUAUAAUGAAUGAUUUGACCUGUGUGGAAGUGGAGUUUUUAAUGAAACGAGAUACUUUCUGUUUUGUGCAUGGGACUAAGCACCAGGUUGUUGAUCAUACAUCCUCAUAUUAUCUUCCUAAUCCUGCUGUGGCAUCAUGGAGCACGCAUGGGGAGCAUCAUAUCUUGAGGGAAAAUGGAACCCUGUCUAAUCCCAGUUACCACCGUGAUCAGCAUGUGGAGCCAAGCUCAAGAAAUGUUCAAGAUGGGAUGAAUGUUGCGUCCAUUGCUUCUACAUUAAAUUCAGGAGGGGCAAAUGUUGCACAAGGUUAUUGUGGUUAUGCUAGCUAUCCAAACAUCGAUCCAUAUGGAUACAACGGCUCAGGAUAUCCUGGUUAUUAUAGUGGCUACCAACAGCAACCCAAUCAAUAUCAACAGCAAUCCAAUCAAUACCAACAGCAGUCCAAUCAAUCAUAUCCUCAGCCUAUAGGAGCUUACCAAAACACAGGUCCUCCUUAGCAGCCUCUUUCUUCAUUUCAGAAUACGUCUUACACUGGACAUGCAAGUUAUUCAAGCACUUACUACAAUCCUGGUGAUUAUCAGACUUCUGGAAGUUAUACAAGUGGUGCCUACGGUGCUCAGACCAACUUGUGGCAUGGCAGGCAGUAUGCAGAAUACAGUUCUAAUCAAUAUCCAAGCUACAAACCCGAAACAAAUGCAGCUUAUAGUUCUACCACUGAUGUUGCAACCUCACAAUAUCAGCAACAUUAUAAGCAAUGGUCAGAGUAUUAUAAUCAAAGUCACACGGAUGUUAGCUGUGCUCCUGGGACAGAGAACUUGUCCGUUACUAGUGCAUCUAAUCUUAGUUGCUCUGUUCCUACUUAUUCAGCUUCAAACUACCAGCUGCCGGCACCUAAUACCCCGUCUUGGAGGCAGGAGUCUAGUUCAUCUGAGUCUACACCCUUGCAGCUUGGCGUAGUAAGUGGAAGUAUCAAUGAAGGUUACUGGAAACAGGGCACUCCUGCUUUGCAAGAUAACUAUUCUAAUUCUCAACUACCGCAUGUUCAAAAGCCCCUGGAUGCAAAUCCUACUUAUGGAAGUUUUCAGAAUCAACAGCAGUCUAUAUUUGCUCAUGGUUCCAGCACAAAAUACCCACCAUCUCAACCAGUAUCCCAAUCAUCCUUUCAAACUGUAUCACAACCUCUUGAUUCCCAUAUGGUAAACAAACUGCUGAUUCCAACCAAUCCCAGAAUUACUUCAAACUUGGUGUUGGGUUCACCAAAAACUGACAAGGAAAGCACUACAGCUAGCACAGAUUCAAAGCCAGCCUAUGUCGGUGUUUCAAUGCCUAAGCCAAAUGAGAAAGCAUCGUCUCAUGAUGCAGCUGAUUCUGUGCUUAAGCCUGGCGUGUUCCCCAACUCAUUGCGUGGUUAUGUUGAAAGGGCUUUUGCUCGUUGCAAAGAUGAUAUGCAAAAGGCAGCUUGUCAAGCUACAAUGAAGGAGGUCAUAACCAAGGCAAUUGCUGAAGGGAUGCUUUAUACGAGAGAACUCCAAAAAACCAACUUGGUGGAUAGCAGGUCUGGACAUAAGCUAUACAACUUUUUGGAUGCAUUUUCUGGUUAUCAUCAAAUCCUCAUGGCCGAGGAAGAUCAAGAAAAGACAUCAUUCAUGGCCGAUUCCGCCAUAUACUGUUAUAAGGUCAUGCCCUUCGGUUUGAAGAAUGCAGGGGCAACAUACCAAAGGCUCAUCAACAAAGUCUUUGCUAACUUGAUUGGAAGGAAUGUGGAGGCGUACGUUGAUGACAUGGUGGUCAAGAGCAAACAGGUGGACUAGCAUAUUUCAGAUCUUGAAGAGGUUUUCGACACCUUGCGAAAGUACGGAAUGAAGUUGAACCCCGCAAAAUGUGCAUUUGGCGUGG